UAUCCUUAAGUUAGACAUUUUUAUUCAUACACGAUUUCCAAGAUCUCAUCACAGAAACAAGAAAUGGGUUUCUCUGAUAAGCUAGCUAUCUUCAUAUUGAUGUUCAUAUCAUACUACUCUGAUCAAAUUACAACUGCAGAAGCUCAGGAGCCUGAACCCUAUUAUUUAGCUUGGAGUGUCUGUACAGGAAGUAAUUUCACUGCAAACAGUCCUUACAAAACCAAUCUCAAUCUCUUACUCUCUUCUCUCUCAACUACAUUCACAAACAACGACACAGUCCCUCGAUAUGGUUACCGUAACAUCACAACCGGAAAAGGCUCAGAUACCGUUUACGGAUCGUUACACUGUCGAGAAGAUAUUUCACCGGAAAUAUGCUCAAAAUGUGUUCAGAUUGCAGCUGAUGAAGUGGUGAAGGAUACUGAUGACGGGUGUCCAAAUUCAAAAGGAGCUAUUAUGUUUUACAACGGAUGUGUUUUACGGUAUUCAGAUAAGUAUUAUUUCUCUCGCAAGGAUCAAGCACCAGAAACUGGUAUGCGUACUAUGGCUUACUUCGAAAACCCGGAUCAAUUUCUCAACUUAACUCUUGGACUGCUAAAUGGGUUAGUGGUUAAAGCUGUGAAUGAUAAUUCUAACGGACCUUCUUUAUAUGCGACUGGUUCGACAAAUUACUCGAGUACCAAUCAAGUUUAUGCCAUGGUUCAGUGUACACCGGAUAUAACACCAACUUUAUGUGAGGCGUGUCUUAGAAAAGCUAUUGGGACGUUAUAUUGUUGUACUGAAGCAAAAGGGGCUAGAGUUCUUACUCCUAGUUGUACUUUUCGAUUCGAGGUCUAUACUUUCUAUGGGAAAUCUCUGUAUACUACUGAAGAUCAAGCUUUAACUCCCGCUCCUCUAUUAUUACCUCCUGCAGUUCUACGAUCACCGUCAAAUACAACUAACUCAAAUGGGAAUCAUUCGAUGAAACUAGCUGUCGGUAUCGCCGUUCCUUCAGGGAUUGCACUACUAGUGGCAUCCUUUGCUGUUUGGUGGUUCUGUUUCUACAAGAGAAAGAGGACGGAUGAUGGCAAAUACUAUGCCCCAAAUAUGGACCAAGAUAUUCAAAGUGCAGAAUCAGUACAAUUCAAUUUCAAUAUGGUAAGGGAUGCAACUAAUAACUUCGCCGAAGCUAAUAAGCUUGGAGAAGGUGGAUUUGGCCCUGUUUAUAAGGGCACACUGCGGGAUGGACAAGAAGUAGCUGUGAAAAGACUUUCUAAAAGCUCAGGUCAAGGUGAUCAAGAAUUCAAGAAUGAAGUCUUAUUAUUAGCUAAACUUCAGCACAGGAAUCUUGUCAGACUAUUAGGCUUUUGUUUGCAUGGACAAGAGAAACUGCUUGUGUACGAGUUAAUGGAUACCAGUCUCGAUCAUUUCAUAUUUGAUACUGCGAAACAGACGUCUUUGGAUUGGGAAAGACGAUACAAGAUUGUUGGAGGAAUUGCUAGAGGUCUCCUUUAUCUUCAUGAGGAUUCUCGACUCAGAAUUAUUCAUCGGGAUCUCAAAACGAGCAAUAUAUUAUUAGACGCAGAUAUGACUCCAAAAAUUUCAGAUUUUGGCAUGGCUAGGCUAUUUUUGGUAGACCAAACUCAAGCUAAUACAAUGAGAGUCGUCGGGACAUGUGGAUAUAUGGCACCGGAGUACGCAUUGCAAGGACGUUUCUCUGUAAAAUCAGAUGUUUUCAGUUUUGGUGUCUUAGUUCUUGAGAUUCUUAGUGGAAAGAAGAACACUUCAUUUUACGAAUCCGUAGCAGGUGGUGCACAAGAUCUUCUGACAUACGCAUGGAGACUUUGGCAAAAUGAUACAGCCAUGGAACUGUUAGAUUCAACAUUGAAAGAGAACUGUUCCAGAAGUGAAUUUAUGCGAUGUGUCCACAUUGCUUUACUAUGUGUUCAAGACAGUAUUGCAGAUAGACCGACGAUGGCCUCAGUCAUUUUAAUGCUUAAUAGCAACUCAAUGACACUGCCGUUUCCUACACGCCCUGCAUAUUGUGUUUCAGAUCAAGCAAUGGAAGAUGCAUGGAGCGUGAAUCAGGUUUCUGUCACUGAAUUGAAUCCUCGUUAAAAAAAAAUAUCCCACCCUCGCAUAAGAUCUGAAAAUCGCACAAGUGGAAGACGGAUGGGAAAAAAAUUAGCAAAUUGUGAAUAAUUAUAUCAUUAAGGAAUUUUAUCAAUCAGUUUUUGUGAUUAUUUUUGUACCUCCAAGGAAAGUCAUUCACCAACGGCUUGUGGGUAAACUGUCAUGAGAUGUCAUGUAGGCUUGGGACAUAAGCCCAAUUCACCAUCCCUUUAACCAAUACCCGAAUUGCAUGCAGCCACCACCGCCAACAUCAAGUGUGCCACCCUCCACCAAUGGCUAACCGUGUAUGUCACCACCUCCUGAGGCAAGUCAUCCACCGGGGACACAAAAAAGUUUGGACUUCAAGAUUACCGUUCUAUUUUAAUCUAGUUCUCAUGAGUUGGAUAAUGUAGGAAAUACCAAUUAGUCCUAGGAAUAAUAUAUUAGAGUUAGUUUAGUUCAGUUGACUGAGUCAACUGUCUGUUUGGUCCAUUUUAAAAAAUAUAUUUUACAGUUUGGUCCUA